UGCCCCCUAUGGCCCCUUUGUGGUCCGUCAGACCAGCUCUACUAGGUGUGGGCAGGAUAUGCUCUGUAACCUCUUCUGUGUCGCUCAUCUAGAAUUAGCCGUGUAGAUUUAGCCUUUAGCAUCGAUGUUCAGGUCUCUCUGACAAAACCCUCCAAAUUAACCACGCAUGCACACACACAACCACACACACCUCAUGUUUCUUUAGCAGCUGGGUGUUGUGCAGGUGAAGAGACACGACGCUGGCAGAGACGACCUGUGCGCGGCUACAUGUGUGACCGUUUACUCGCGGCUUCCCACACAGCCUUAGCUAACGGCUAGUUCUAUUAGGCGGACUUCCAUCACUCUUUUUGCCCUCGUUUAUAUUUUUCAAUAAGCUAAGGACUGAACUUUUUGUGUACUUGUUAAAAAGGACAAUUUUAUUUUUUUCCUCAAAGAUACUUUCUUUAGCCAUUUUUGCUAACUCCAAAUAAGCUUCGGUUUUCUUUUUAGUUGGAUCUCAUAAAUCAUGAUGUGGGAGUUCCGCUCUAUGAUGUUUUGGCGGGCGGUGUUCGCAGAGUUUUUCGGCACCAUGUUCUUCGUGUUCUUUGGGAUGGGUGCAGCGCUACGCUGGACCACCGGGCCGUACCACGUCUUCCACACUGCCCUCUGCUUCGGUUUCGCUGCUGCCACUCUCAUCCAAUCCAUCGGCCACAUCAGCGGAGGACACAUCAAUCCGGCCGUCACCUUCGCCUACUUAGUCGGCUCUCAGAUGUCCUUCUUCCGAGCUUUCUUCUACAUCUGCGCUCAGUGCCUGGGGGCCAUGGCAGGAGCCGCGGCCCUUUAUGGAGUUACACCCAACAACAUGAGAGGCACACUGGCACUUAACACGCUGCAGCCUGGCAUGAGUCUCGGCAUGGCGACUACAGUGGAAGUGUUUCUCACCUUGCAGUUGGUGGUUUGCGUGUUCGCCGUCACAGAUGAGAGACGAAGCGGCCGUCUGGGUUCUGCUGCUCUGUCCAUUGGCUUCUCUAUCACCAUGGGCCACCUGAUGGGGAUGUACUACACUGGAGCUGGCAUGAACCCAGCUAGAUCUUUCGCUCCUGCUAUCAUCAUGAGGAAUUUCAUUAACCACUGGGUGUACUGGGUGGGACCCAUGAUUGGUGGUGCUAUGGGUGCCAUCCUGUAUGAUUUCAUACUGUUUCCCCGUAUGCGGGGUCUCUCCGAGCGGCUAGCUACUCUCAAGGGCAGCCGACCCCCAGAGGCCGAGAACCUGCAGGAGACCCGCGGGGAGCCCAUCGAGCUGAAGACUCAAACCCUAUAAACCUGCUAAGAACCUGUGGACCCAAAUCUGGCUCUACCUCAACGGACCAUCUCGCCGCCUCAAGCAACACUCAGACACAUUCACGCACAAGUCAUUAAGGGAGCUGAAAUAAGUACACUACUUUGUUUAGUAAUCAAGGUCUGUUGCUAAUUUCAACACGGGGCAGGGGGCGGAGCUGAGGCAGGGGUUCAGGUGGGUGUGGUUUAUGGUGUGGGAGGGGCUAGAGCUGUUUAUUUAGGCAUGCUUUUCACUUUUCAUCUGACUUCUCUUUCACAAUUCAUUUUCAAUUUCGUUUUCUACAACACCAAGAUGUGGAUGUAUGCAACUUAACCAGGGUUUUUCCAUUUAUUAUUAUUUUUUUUUUAAUAUCCGUGAGAGUUAUUGUGGGUGUGCAAGUGAGUGCAAGUGUGUGGGUCAUUUUGUGUGUGUGUGAGGGAGAACGUGCCCAGGUAUGUAUGUGUGUUUAGCUUGUGCAUGACCAAGUGUAUGUGUGAGUGUGUCUGUCUGCUGAGCAAUUAUUUUGGGUUUUUAUCAUUACAGCUCGCUUGUGUUUGUACCAUGCUAAUGGUUUUUCCCCUUAUUUUUACGGGACUCUAAGACACCCCAAACUGUAUUGUUUGCAAUGAUAUUCCAUUCACUUUGAUGUUCACACAAACCAACCGUGGACUGAGCUGUUUUAAACACAACAGGGUGUUGUGCCCAAUUCUGACCCCCAUCAGAUUAUUACCCUGCUAGUAUUGGUAAGUUUAGGAGUAGGUGUGGGGAAGGGGUUAUGUUUAGGGGCGGGGUUAGGAUAAGGCAAUCAGGUAGUGACUUGAAUGAGGGGGGUAAUAAUUUGGCAGGGGUCAAAAUUGAGCACAACACAGUUUUUGCUGCCAGUCUUUUCAAUUACUUCUCAAGUUUACAGUGUCUGUGUUGCCUUUCAUUAAAUCUUGUUUGAGGAUAACAUC